AUGGAGGACGAGCGUCUGAGGAACGCUGCCGCCAGAGAUUCUAACUUCGCCGCCCAGCUGAGGACGAUCCAUGACCAAUACGAUAGGCAAAUGCUGACGGCCAGCAUGAGCGCUAUGCAGCGCACGGAGCAACAACGCCAGGCGGCGACGCAGCCGCUCCUGCACUCAACGCGGGUGCCUGGAGCCAGCCAUCAUGCCGCGCGCGCCGCCGUGGAACAUGCCGAUCCUCCCGACGAGAUCCGACUGCUCGAGGAUCGGCAUCGUCGCGAGAUGCAGCAAGCGAUGGAGCAUAGUGCUCGGCGACAAACGGCGCUCUCCAGCACGGUGCAGACCGGCGGCUCACGGACACCGAAUGCAUCGACGGGAUCGACGACGACGACGACGGCCGAAAGCCAGCAGCCCGGUUUGAGGAGCAGCAGCAGCAGCCGCAGGAUCGUUACUGUGAUGGAAUCGGCCGACGCAAGCGGACCCGCGUCACUCUUACUGCCCGCCACAUCAUCGCCCCUCCUCGCACCAUCGUACGGCCCGAACAGUGGCAGCUUCAACAAGAAAGCUCCCCCGCCGACGGCCAACCCGCAGUCUCAUGGCUCGCUGGCCUGUACGCCGGUGUCGCUGCGCCCCAAGGGCCACUACCGCUCGUCGUCGCUCGAGAACAAUCCGUUCCACCUCCCGGCCGCCGGUGGCGCUAAGGCUCAGAUGAUUGGCCUCAGCAUCGCUCAGACCAGCUUCACCGGGACGCUCAAGUCGCGCCGGGAGCAAAAGCGCAUCUCCGAUCUCCUCAGCAAACAGUCGGGCUCGAGCGGAGCCUGCUCGCUGACGCUGACCAGCAGCGGCACACGGGACGCAGCCUCCGAGAGCAGCCUGCGGAAGGCACACUUCGAGAACAUUCGAGAAAUUUUCGAGAAAAACAAUAGCAAAAAUGCGGCCGCACAGCAGUACUCGUCGAAAGCCAAACCGGCCACAUCGGCGACGGUGGCGGGCGAACCAACCGGUAGUGGUGGCGGUGGCGGCGGCGGCGGCCACUCCUCAUCACUGGGUCUGCCUGGGAUCGAUGAUAAACCGCCCAAAAUACAAGCGUGCAGCGGUAUCCUAGGCAAGGGCAAACAAGUGAUCCGACCGAUUGCCUUCAAACCAGUUCCUUACAAAUGUAACACACCAAAUUACGGCGGCGCCGCCAUCGGUGGACGCCUCACAGAGCUGAGCGAUCGGUACGGUUCGACACCGUCGCUGGGACCCUCGAUGAGUAUGCAGUACAAAUUCGGCAGCACUACCGAUCUACACCAUCUGCAGCAGCACCACCACCACCACCAGCACCAGCAACAGCAGCAACUACAGCAGCAGUACCAUUACCACCAUAGUCACCAGCAGGGGGGCAGUGUGGUGGGCAGCGGAGGUAGCAAUGGGUCGACACCGGUUGCCGUACUGCCCCAGGCGUCGAUGAUGAGCAACAGCUAUCAUCCGCACUACACGCACCCCCAUCAGUACGGUACGCUGACGCGGAAAGGCUCGUCAAUACCGUUCAAAACGUACGACAGUCUGGAGUCCAUUCUGAAGCUACCGGACAGUAUGGUGGCUUCCUAUCCGAACGCCAGCCACGGACUCUUCCACCAGCAAGACUCGAUGCUCGACAUGGCACCGUCCCCGUCGGACUCGGGCAUUUCCGAGCUGGAAGCAGCGCUGCGCGACCGUGACUCCGAGCUGGCCUACCUGCGGCAAACGAUGGAGCACAAUGAACAAGUAAUAUUCAAAGUUCAUCAGGACAAGGAAAAACACUGGGAACAGGAGCUGAACCGGUUGAAAGCGAUCCACGAGGGUCGGCUACGGGCCGGCGCCCAGAAGGUACACAAGCUCGAGCAGCUGCUGAUGAUGCAGACAUUUCAGCUGCGCCAGGACAAGAAGCGCCUGCAAGAGGACAACGCCCGUCUGCAGACGGAUAUCGCCGUGGCGAAGGACCAAAACGAGCAGCACAAGUGCGAGCUGGGGCAGGCGAAAGUGAGCGCCAAGGACCUGAAGGAGCAGAACGGCGAUCUACUGGACGAAAUUCAGAUGCUGCGGCGUGUGGUCAGCGAUCUGAAGGAGCGCCUGGAGGAGAGCGAGUGGAACCUGUGCCAAAAGAAUGGUGAAAUUGCACUCAUGAAAACGCAGCUCAAGGAGGCCCAAACCGAAAUGGCAGCGAAAGAUCAGGAUAUCGUGCAGCUGAAGUCGGACCUGAAGCUGCAGAACUACGACGAUAUUAGUUUGAAGAAAUCCGAGAUCAAGAAGGAACUCGAUUUCGAUCUGGAAAUUUCGCAGCUCAAUCGCAUCGUCAUCUUCAAGGAUCAGAUCAUUGUGCUGAUGAACAACGAAAUACAGAAGUUACGCAAGGAACUGUCUGACAUUUCGAUUCUGCGAGGCUACGAGGGAGCGCCGACGGGUCGUUACACGCGCUACCGAAAGAAGCUGGAGCUGGUGGCACAGCGGUUCCAGGAAACGACGGCCAACGACAACAACAACAACAACAACAACAGUAGCACCAGCAACACACCAAUAGAUCCGUCCACCGAAGCGGACUGCAGCGAGAGCAUCAUUCGGAACUACUUCAACAGCAAGCUCGAGAUGAACAAGAAGCUGUUCCUAAGUGCGCCGAUCUGCAACUACUCGGACGAGGACAAGUCGACCAUCAUCGACGCUUACGGUGGUGGCCGGAAGCCGGUCGAAAUGGUCGACAUAACGCUCGAUUUGAACAGCCUGCUGCCGAACAACGUAAACGCGAGAUUGCCGGCUGAGAGUGCCGAUGAGGACACUGUAACCGCCACCCAUGACACGUACCAUCACCAGAGCUCCUCGGAUGAUGACUACAAAUCCAUGACCCCGACGCAGGAAGAGCAGGAAGAGAAUGAACAGCGGAAGCCAGCUCCGGUCAGCGGAAAGAAGGGAACGGCCACUACCGAAGACGCCAAUGUGCUGACGGCCGAAGCGGCUGAACGGCUCAACCGGGAGCUUCUGUGUUGCCGCGAAACCUUCGAGCAGGAGCGGAUGAAGUGGGCCGACGAGAAGGAGAAGGUUCUCGUCUACCAGCGGCAGCUGCAGAAGAACUACGUCGAGAUGUGCAAGCGCACGCAAGAGCUCGAACAACAGCUCAGGGCGCUCCAGGUAAAGCCGAAGCAACUCGAGGCUACGACCGCUGACACCGACAACUAGCUUAUUCGGUGCUCCGUGCACCUGCAGUGCAUUAGACAAUUUAUCUUAGCUACUCUUACUCCUAACUAUUUAAGCGUCUGCACCAGAUGCAUCUCUGUAUGUGUAGUUUAGUGUAUUGUUUAUGCCUCUUUGGCUUCGAUCGCCAAGAUUCUUGCCCAACUGAGAAACUAGAAACAACUGUUACAAUAGGUUUGUGAAAAGUAAGUCAUCGAGAGAACAGGAAAGAAACGCUAGGCAAUGUCUCAAGACCAUCCCAGCAAAGGACGAUAUGAGAGGAUAUGUUAAUUGAUAGGUUUGUGACGAAUUCGAGAAUAUUCACUCCA